CUGACUGUGCUGUCAUUGAUUCAGUAGUAACAUAGUCAUCAGUACACAACCCACCAGCCUGCCUGCAGAGAGAGAAAACAGGGAGAGAGAGAGGACGUUAGGAGAAAGGAAAAGAGCUUCACAAAGAGAGAGAGAGAGAGAGAGAGAGAGAGAGAGAGAGAGAGGCAGAGAGCGAAGCAGAGAAAGUGUCCAGCCAUCGGCGUGUCUCCAGUCUGCCAACUAAAGCCGCCCUCUUUGUUUGGUUUCCCUGAUAUGACUCUGUUCAAGAGUGAACACAACCGCAGCCCACGAUACAUGAGCAUGAGUGGAGAGCUGAAGACUAGCCGUACCAAGACCGGCAGCAAGAGACACAGCAGCACUCCAUACGGAUCUGAGUAUGACCUGGAUUAUGACUGCUACCAGGAGGACUUCUAUGACAGGAUGUAUGACUACCAGCGUGUGCCAGCUUCCCUGCCCCCCCUAGCCCAGGGACCUAGCCUGGCCAAACGUCCCCGCUCCUCCUCCACUUCCUCUGGGCACAGACGCAGCCGAGACAGACCCCCCUCCAAGAGCUCCAGAGCCCACUCCAACAGCUCCAGCAAGACCAAGUUGCGAAUGGAGGAGCUGCAGGUCAUUAAGAGGGAGCUGACUCUGAUAAAGACACAGAUUGACGGCCUGCUUGACAGUCUGGACAGAAUGGAUACACAGAGGCAGGACCACACAGGAUCUCCACUGAGGGAGGGCAGUCUGACUGGGUCACCUUACCCCCCCUCUGCCAGCAGCGGAGAGCGCUCCCCCUCCCCACUGUCCCCCAUGAGCCCUCGUCGCCGCAUCCAGAGAGAGAGCCCCGAACUGGGGGAGGCCAGCAACGAUGAUCACACGAUGAAUAACCACAGCUCUGACCCUGAGGACGACAUGUGAGGAGGGAAACGGAGAAGGAGCAUAUGAGCGCCAGUCACAGAGGAAGAGAACAUCUUGUCUAGAAGUAUCCAUGUCAACACUGGUAUCAGUGGCCCCCUCUGUCCAACCAGCCAGUCACAUGUUAUUCUCCUUAUUGUUAUUCUGCAUUGAAGGAAGAUCCCCCAGAAAAACACAUAUGCAAACACAACUGGCAUAUUUUGCGUGGCCCUCUUUAGGUUCUACGUGAUCCGUUUCCCCUUCUCUCUCCGUUGGUUAUAAGGGGAUCUUGUUUGUGCAAACUGUGAACAGCACACAGACAAAUUCACACACGUUAAUUACAGUUUAUCAGGAAAAAUGACCUACAUUUAUCUUGCUUACAUAGUCCCCACUUAGACCAGCUCAUAGCACACAUAAACACACACACACACUUUAUCUGUAGAGAGCAAUUAUUUACCAGAAUAUGAAAAUAUGAAAUCCUUUCCAUAUGGAUAAUUUCCUAAAUCCCUUUUAGCGAUCUUCAUAAAGCUGAGCUACACAUUGAAAGAUGGAGGACUUGUGAAAGGAGCACACUUGAUUUGGCGAUCACAGUUGUCAGAGCUACAUUUUGUCUAUGUGAUUCACUGUGUCAUUAUUUCCAGAGCAUGACCCCACCAGUUUAAACUAGUGCAGACAAAAUGAGUAUUUAAAGUCAUAACCUCCUGGCUCUGGUUUUCCCACAGUGCUGUUGUUUCUCUGCUGUUUCCUUACUGUAUUAGGUAUGAUCAGUAUGAGAUCAGAACCAUCUCCUCCUCUCUGUAACUGGCGCUGUUAGCCGAGGAGUGGCCCGGGCCCAGAUCAUGUCUAAUAUUGUGUAUUACUGUAAAACGUUCCAGUAUUUGGUCAGCUGUAAAAUUUUAAUCCUGCAUUUUGUUUUAGAGUUUUUUUUUUAUUUGUUUGUUUUUUAAAGCAAAAAAACAAAAACAACAAUGAAGAUUGUUUUAUAAUUCAAGUGGUGUUAGAUGUUUUGUUCUGUUUGCAUUCAUGAAGAAGCCAAGUGGAAACACUACUCACACUGUCACAGUAAAGUUAUUUUCAUAUUGAUUAAAAUGCUUCUGGGCGUGUUUUUUGUUA